UCACUGAACGCAAAACACACAACGACUCCUGCAAACAUAAGAGCGAUUUCAGCGCUAGAAAUGUCAUGUACUGAAAUCAGGAGGAGCAGGGGAGGAAAACACCCCUCCACUGAGGAGAAACUGGAUGAAUAUUUAAUCAACCUGCAGCACAAAAACAGGGCGUUAAGAAGACUCCAUAAGAAGGACCCGCGGGAGGCUGAGCUGGAGUUGUUAGAGCAGGGAUUCAACCUGUACAUCAACGGCGCUCAUGUCAGCACCACUAAUGCAGCUCAGAGCAACCGAUCCAGCAGGAGAACAGCUCAUCCUUCCACAGCAGCCCCUGCACCAGCACAGAGAAACACACACACUGCAGAUUCCUCUAGAUUGAGUGGAGAAAAGUGCAUACUAGAUCGACAGACACAGAGGAGUCGCACUGCACCUGAAAAAAUACAGAGAAGACAAUGGGUGAAGGAAUCAGUAUACAUCUGCACUAAGAACGGGACGCCAGUGAAGAUUUCACCAGAGCACAGAUACUCCGAUGACUUUGAGCCAUACGAGAGUGUGGAUAUGGAGUCUGCUCAUGACAGCAGUAAAGUGUCACAUUCACUUGGUUUGAAGUCCCGCGCUGAGCCUGUCCACAGAGUUCUUCUAAACCCUGACCAGGUUAAGGCACUGCGGCGUAGCCUGGAGGUCAGCGUCAACCGCAGCAGUCGAGACUCGGCCGGAGAGGAAUCGGAGGAGGAAUGGAUCGAGGAACAGAUCGAGAGAGAGGAGAGCAGUGACAGUCUCCCUGACCUCACACUUCCUGCCCAACACACAAGCCAGCCAAUCGACAAGCACCUCAGCCAUGGUGACCUCAUCAUGCUGGAAUUUGGCCCCUCCCCUCAAGAUGGGCGAAAGAUUGAGCACUCUCUCUCAGCGAAAAGGAAGGAAAAUGUGGAGUCGUACAUCCCGACCAAAGCAGUCACAGUGAGGAGACAGACAGAAAGGACAUCUAACAGUACACAGGACAUGUCAAGCCAGUGUAGUCGCGUCGAGCGCCCCCUGUCUGCAGUGCGUAAAGCGCAGGAAGAGAGAGAUUCAGAGGAGAUGGUUGCCCACGUGUUUAAGGCAUUACAGAGAGAAAACACGCCACUGCAAACACACCGACAAAGAGAUUCAAACACACACACUCCUGAUCCCAAAGCUCACACACAGGGGAAAGGACAGGAGAGGAGGAUGUCCAAUCACACUCUGCAGAAGGAAGAUGACAACGAAGAUGAAGAUAAGAGUGGAGUUAUCAGAGCUAUGCAGAGAAUCGCUCUCAUGGAACCCAGACAGCAGAGGUGUUUGUUAAAGGCUCUAGAGAGAAUCGACGCGGACGAUCAGUCCAGUCUCGCUGACAGCAGCAGUUAUACUCUGUCUCGGAGGGAAGCAUCAAUGCAGGUGAAGCCCACUCUCUAUGUUACUAUGGAGAUCUUGUCAAACUGGGGACACCCGAGUCAGGUCGGGCUCACCGAAGUUCAGUUCUUCAGCCCACAAAAUCAAAAGCUCUAUGUGUCUCCACACGACCUGGACAUCCGAAACGCCCACCAGCCUGGAAAUCUUGCUGCACUUGUCAACGGGAAAACUAAAACCACGAAAGCGUGCCACAUGUGGGCGUGUCCAUUCCACCCACCCAUCCAGCUCUACUUUAUCGUCAGGAAUGUCGAACGCUCCCCAGACUUCAGCAUCUCCCGGAUCAAAAUCUGGAAUUAUAACCGUAGUCUGAAUGAUCUUGAAGUGGGUGCUCGUCAUGUGCGCUUGUAUAUAGACAGCACUCUGGUCUUUGAGGGCCAUUUGGAGAAGGGUUGCGGAAACCAAGUCUUUGAUUACAGCACCUCCAUUGAACUCCAAGAACCACAUCUCCAAGAGUGCACCUCUCCAAGUCCUGUGUCCUCAGGACACACUCUGGUGGACUGCCGACCUCAUAACCAAGACAACAAAUCUCUGGAGUCCAUCUCUGGCCAAUCGGAUUCCAGCUCUUCCCUAAUAGAAACAAGCCAGGACCAAUCUGAUAGAAGCACCAGUCUCCUAGUUAAUCCUGGCAACUGUGCGGCUUCAAUGCAAAGAGACUCUCUAGAGAGGGACUCGCCCCCGUUGGAUCUCACUUUGCCCACUGGGCGGUUUCCAGGACAACAAAUGGAGGCGGUGAAAACGGUGACCACCCAACCGUCAUCGAGUCGACUUCCACAUUGGCUUCAACCGUUAAACCAGACAGUAACAGAUGAAACUGAGGGGUCUCGAGAGCUUCCCCCGUGGCUCCAAAUGCAGAGUACAUCCGAACCCAAACAUUCAUUGCUGCCGGAUAUAUCGUGCAACCCUGUACGUGCCUGCAAAGUCGCUUCUAGCCCCAGGGGGACAGCACCUCUCGACAGGCCACAGAGAACAGUGUCCCGUGAAUUCAGCACCGACUCGUUGGAUUUGAACCCAGAUUUGGGGCUGAACUGUCGAAUAGAGACCAAACAAGAGCGUGAAAAGGAUUCAGAGCGACACCUGAGCGAUCAGUUAGACCAGGAUUUGAACUUGUGGGAUGAACGCGCUGAGAGAGCAGAACGACCAAUCAGUGGCAGGCGAGGAGCUGCAAAAUCACUAAACAAAUCGCAAUUUAUCAACAGCAGUGACCUCAUCGCAACAGAGGAGAGCGGCCAGACGUCCGUCCGUAACCGAAGACCCAAACCUCAUUGGUGUGAACAGGACGAUCCGUUAAUGGAAUCCUGGGACUCAUUAACAAAGUUUAACCAGCAUCAGCGAGGGCGAAUCUCCAACAUGGCUUUGGAAGGAGAUAUAUUCGAUGAGUUUGUUCAUCGUCAGUCCCGCCCGAUGCCCAUCACCCCCCGUCGUCCCUCCGCCCCUUCGCUCCCUGAUUUCGACGACCCUGAAGACGACCCUUGUGACCCCGAUGAAGACUUUGAAAUCCCGGUUCUCCCACAAGGUCGCCACCUCGUCAUAUAUAUCAUGUCAACGUGGGGCGACCGUCACUACGUCGGCCUCAACGGCAUUGAGAUAUUUUCCUCCACCGGUGAGCCGGUCAAACCUGUCCACAUCACGGCCGAUCCACCUGAUAUCAAUAUUUUACCAGCCUACGGGAAAGACCCACGCAUCAUUACCAACCUCAUCGAUGGCGUAAACCGAACCCAAGACGACAUGCACCUGUGGCUGGCUCCGUUCACUCCUGGCCGCAGGCAUGUGAUCUCCAUGGAUCUGGGUGUGGAAUGUUGCCUUGCAAUGAUCCGUGUUUGGAAUUACAACAAGUCCAGGAUACACUCAUUUAGAGGAGCUCGAGAAAUGGAGAUAAUUCUCGAUGGCCAUUGUGUUUUCAGAGGGGAGAUAGCCAAAGCUUCUGGAAAUCUCUCAGGAGCAUUGGAUCAUUUUGGUGAUACUAUCCUAUUCACAACGGAUGAUGACAUCCUGGAGGCGAUGGCGCAGUUUGAUGACACAUUUGCUGGUGAGAUGGAGAUGGGCGGGGCGAGUGUGGUGGAGGAGGAGCUUCAGAGGCCACGGACCGCUGAUGGUGAAGGAGAGGAAAGGCCCUUUACGCAGGCCGGAUUCAGAGAGGAGGAUGCUCCUAUGGGACCGGUCCGAAUUCCUGCAGCAGAAAUGUGUGCCAAUCCUGGAGAGGAGAGAACUGGACUUUAUACUGGCACCAUCCUACAGCUAAAUCUGGCGAUGGCAUGGGGUGAUGCUCACUAUGUGGGUUUGACGGGUUUAGAGAUCGUUGGUGAAGUGGGUGAGAGUGUUCCUGUUGAUGUUUCUAUGGUAACAGCAUCACCUCGUGACCUCAAUGACCUCCCUGAGUACAACAAUGACCUCCGAACUCUGGACAAGUUGUUUGAUGGGCUGAAUAUCACGACAGAUGACAAGCACAUGUGGCUGAUUCCGUUCACGUGCGGUUCUGAUCACAGUCUCACUGUGCGGUUUGGUCAGUCACAGGCGAUCGCCGGAUUUAGGAUAUGGAACUACAACAAAUCACCCGAAGACUCUUAUAGAGGGGUGAAGGUUCUGCACGUGUUCCUGGACGGUUUCUGUAUUUCUCCACUCAAGGGAUUUCUCAUUCGCAAGGGUCCAGGGAAUUGUCACUUCGACUUUGCACAAGAGAUUCUGUUUGUAGAUUAUAUGGAGUCUAACACGAGCUGUGCCGCCCGUAACCUAUCACUCACUGGAACUAGAAAAAACACAGAUGACACACACACUCACUGGUACAGAACACUUUUGAUGUGAUUAUAAUCAGUUACUACCCAAUUGUAGAUGGGGUAAUAUUCAAGGAAACCUGUUUGAAAACAAUAAUUAUUUUUGCAAUUCCAUUUGGUGAUGCUACUGACACACUUCAGCUUUUAAAGGGACGUAUGAGAGGUUAAUUGU